AUGAACAAAAAAAGAAGGACAGCUUCGUAUAUAAAUCCUCAAUUGCCACCUCUUACUGCAAGAACUGCUGAAUCUACUCGACAUAAAAACUCUGAGUUUUCACUGUUUUCUGGAAUAAAAGAGCCUAUUAAUACUUCACUGGAUAGCUCAACGGCCCACAAAUUUUUUAAUUUUGCAGAAAAGAAAGACGAGCCUACUUCAGUUUCUUUACAAAUCUCUAAAUUUCAUCUUCGGUCUAUUCACUCUUCCUACGACAGUGCAAAUUUAGAAUCUAUUCUAACUUCUCUUUAAAUUGGAGCAAAAUUUUAAUUGCAUAUGCAAAAAUAAUAUUUUCUAUGCAAAUAGUUUUGAUCCAAUUUAAUUUCUCCAAAACCAAAAUUUUGCAAUAUAAAUAUUAUAUAUUUUGGAUUACAGAGUGCAAUUAAUUUGAGACUGCUCAGAUAAAGUUACCACUUUAAAUUGAUAAUAUUAUUGCUGUGACUAUAAUUUUUUCAAAAAAUUUAAAAUAAGUCCUUUAAUUAAAAUGGGGAUAAGCUCCUCGAUGCAAGCUAUGAGAGAUCAUUCCAAAUGGCAAAUUUCUGAAAGGCUAGAAUCUUAUCAAAUGAAUCAUCAAAAGCAAGCACAAGUUUCUUACAAAUCAAUAGAAAAAGAACUUGCACAUUGAAAUCAAUGUUUUGAUGAUAUUUUUCCAUUAAUUAAAGAGCAAUCUGAUGAAAUUGCUAACGCAAUUUCUAAUAUUUUUGGAAACAUUAAAGAAGUAUUCAACGACUUAAGAGUUUUGCAGAGGAAAAAUGAUGUCGAGAAUAAUCACAAGCUCUUAGAAUUUGAGAAGAAAAGGAGAAGUUUGGAAGAAGAAAUAAAAAAAAUAAAAUUGGAGAAAGAUGAAAUUGAAAAAAUUAGGCGAGAUGAAGACAAGAAAAUUCAAUCAGAAAUUGAUGAAAUUUAUGGGGAUGAUGAUUUUUUAGUUUUUAAACAGAAAGCCAAAAGACUUCUAGAUUUAAGGCCUACAGGAGCUGCAGAAAUUUUAAAAGAGAUUUAUAAUGAGAUGAACCAAGAUCGCGAAAUCCCAAAACCAAAAAUUUUUGAUGGAAAAAUACUUGAUCCUGACGAUUUAGAAACCAGCCUAAGACUCCAUUUUAAACUUAUCCAAAAAACAACUGCAAAACGAAUUAUUCGACUUUUUGAUAGUAAAAUAGAGACAAAAUCCAUAGAAGUCCAAACAACUGAUCCUUUUAUAGAGCAAAGCUCUUUUGAAGAAGCACAAAAAGCUGCAGAAAAAUAUAGUCUAUUGUAUCAAGGACUACAAGUGCAAGAAGAAAGGCUCAGAGAAGAACUUAAAAUGAGAGGAAAUACAAUAGAAGCGCUUGAAAACGAAAAAAGUCAGCUUUUAAGUGAUGCUUUAAAAAUAAAGAGAGAAGGAGAAAUGAGUGUCAAAGAAAUUACAAACUUGAAAAAAGAAAAUGAAACAAUUAAGAAGAAAUUAGAAGAAAAUAAAACUGUAAUAGAAGGUAACGCAUAUAAAAUUGCAUUGCUUGAAAAUCAACUAGAAACACAACUUACUAAGAUUGCGAAAUAUACUAAAGAAACCCCAAAAAUUAAUGAAAUUGGAAGUAAUCCUUCAGAGCUGUCAAGUAUUAAGUUUCAAGAUGCCACCCCUAGCUCACAAAAUCGAGGAGAAAUAAACAAAUCUCAAUUCAAUGCCUAUCAGAAUGCAUCUCAAAAUCGUGAUAAAAAUUCUCUUGAAAGGCCUUCAAGAAGGUUAAAUUCAGGAUCAACCAUAAAUGACAGAGAAGAAGAGCACGGAGAUCUUGAAGAAGUAAAAGGAAUUUCUCCAUCCCAAAGUCGAGCAACCAUUCAAGUUGAAAAACGAAAAAAUAAUCGAAACCUCAACAAUUCUAUUAAUAAUCAGGAUGGAGAACAAAUUUCAUCAUCAAGACUUACAGAUCGGUCUAUAUUUUCUGGUUCGAAAUCUCCUAGAAGGAAUAUUGACAAGUCAGUCCCUUCUUCUCGAAAUAAAGAAUCUUAUGCAAGUGAGCUAAAAGUUCAAACAAAAAUGCCAAAUAGAGGCAUACAAAAUGGCUUUGAUUCUCAAAACCAAACAGAAGGAGAAAAUGAUGAAUUUAAUGACGAAGGAAUGCAGCCUGCAGGGAGUUAUAAGAAAACCAGAAAAUCAAAGCCGCAAAAUAUGCAAGAAGUUGAGCAUGAAAAUAAAAAUCCUGGGAACUCUAAUUUGAUAUCUAGCAUAGGAAGUUUAGACUCAGAAGCGUACCAUUCUAGGAUUGGGGCAAAUGGAAUUGAAGUGUUUUUCGUUGACAGAGGACUAUGGACUAACGACCUGAAAAAUGAGAAUUUAAUAUCAAAUUCAGUUGGGGUGCAAUAUGAUUGGGAGCAUCCUGAUGAGAAAGUAGAAGAAGAAGCUGAGCCAAGCAAUUUAUACAUUUUUGCUUAUAACCCAAACAAUGUCUUUGGGCUUCGUGGAGAUGUAUUUUUCAAUAAAAGCACCAGAGUCAUUCAGUCUUAAUCUUAAUUACGAGAUUAUCAGCAGCUAAGCUGUUAGUUUUGACGCAGUCACCCAGACCCGAAGGUUCCUCCGCUUUGCGACGCUGCCUACAGGACUCCAACUUAGCGGCUAGCCUGUUCUGUUGAACUUCUCCUCCUUGGAAGCUACAACCUUGCUCCAGUGUUGAGUGGGCAGAUUUAGGAAUUCAGCGGCCUUGCUUGAGACUGUGGGAUGCAAGGUUGUCCACACAGAAAACCCAAAAAAUGGAUUUUCUGGCCGACCUUCUGCAAAAAGGAAAAGUUGAAGCCCAGGGCGAAACUCCUGGUUUCUCGCUAGCGGCAUUGCCCGAUGGAAUAUAGAAUUUUUCCCAUAGAUGGCGCUGUUUGCCCUUGAUUUGCCCACUGAAAAAAAAACUUUUUAGUUUGACCAAACCAUAUGGUACUGGGCAAAGGGUUGACAUGAAUUUACAACAAUGUUGUAAAUUUACAGUAAAUUUUGCUCCUAUAAAAGUGACUGUAAAAUUUUUUUUUUUUCAAAUUUGCAUGAAAAAACAACAUUGGAAAAAAAAAAUUUUUAAAAAACGUACAUGAAAAAACAACAUCAUAAAUUUUUUUGCUCAUUUUCCUAUGAAAAAACAACAUUCAACAAAAAGUAUGAAAUCGUUAAUUUAUAAUAUUGAAAAGAGAAAUCGCUAAAUAACAUUGAGGAUAAAUACUAGAUACCUUAGUAAUUAUUAUUCUAUAUAAUAAAGAUCAAAUGAAUUAAGAAAAUAUAUUGUACCCCAAUCAGAGUUUGAUUUUGCUAUUUAAAAUUUUUAUGCUCCAAAAAAUUGCAUGAAAAAAACCGGAAAUUUUUUUUAAUUUAUGUGAUGUGUAUGCAAUAGAGCAUUCAAAAUAAUGUUUAAUAACUGCUAUAUACUCUUCUAGCAACUAUAUCUUUUUCUUUUAAAAUUAAAAGAGCAUUAUUCCUAACAAAUAAUAUAAGUAAUGUUUAAAAUAAAAAAUUAAUCGCCUCAAAAAUUUUGCAUGAAAAAACCCGGAACUUAAUUUUUUAAAAAAAAAAAAUUGCAAAACAACAUAUGGUUUUUUGAAGAGCCAAAAAUUGCAUGAAAAAAACCCAUGGUGGAUUUUUUUUUUAAAAAUUGCAUGAAAAAAACAGCAAUUAAUUUCUAAAGAAAUUUAAUGAAAUUUUUUAAUAAAAAAAUGGAAUUGAGGUUUAGAAGCUUUGAUAAUAAUGAAUAUUUGUUUCUAACUCCCCCCCCCCUCCGUGAGUGAACAAAAAAUUUUGUUCACUCACGGAGGGGGGUUAAUUUGUUUCUUUUAAAAAAAUUUAUAUAUAAAUUUUAUAAAAAAUUUUUUUUUCGAAAUUAAAAAAAAAAUCUAAUUCGCAAGAAUUUGAAAGCAAAUAUUAAUUUAAUUUAUGAAAUUUAUGUUUUAAAAAGCAAUUCGUUUUAAAAUUAAACAGAAUUAGCUCUAGAUUUCAUUAUACUAAUUAGCAUUUAUAUAUCAAAAUUUUUUUCCAUAAAAAUUUUUUGUAUUAAAAAAAUUUUGUUCACUCACGGAGGGUGGGUUUUUUUGGCAAAAAAUAGCGAUUUUUCUAAUGGUUUUGUUCACUCACGAAGGGGGGGGGGGGAGAGUAAGCAAUUUUUAACGCGAUUUCUAGUAUAUCUGUAAAUAUAUUACAUACUUUAUCUCUCAUAUAUGGCAAAUACAUUUUUAAAGCGAGUUACAAGAUAAAUAUGCCUAAUUUAGCUAUAUUAUCUUCACUUUAAACAUAAAUCUAGCAUAAAUUGCUAUAAAAACGGGUAAAUCACAAAGAGAUAAAUAAUUGUUUGUAUCAUUGAUUUAUUUUUUAUUUUUAUUAAUUUUUAUUUAUUUAUUUAUUUAUAAAUUAAUUUUUCUUAAAUUGAUCAAAGAUAAAAGCUUUAUAUUUAGAGAUUGCGUGAUAAAUAGCAUUGGAACUGCAUAUGAACUAAUAUACUUCGAUUUCUAUCCGCGCUAAUAUGCAAUGUAUUUGAAAAAAUAUAAUUGCAACAUAUACUGUAUCCACCUUAUAGCUUCCCAUAGGGUUAAUUUAUCACUUCUCAAUUGAUUUUUAUCGAUUUCAAAUGUUUUAGAUUAGCUAAAUUUAUUUUACAUUUCAGGCAAACUUGAGCUGACUUGUCAAAUCAUUUUUGACAAGGCAAAAAUGGUCGAAAUUGUCAAUAAAUUAUCAAAAAACUAAGGGCUUUCAAAGGACAAUCAAUAUCAGUUUGACUUAUAUAUUUAUUAUAAAUUUAAAUAGAUAUUUAAAGUUUUAAUAAAUAAAUAAGUAUUAUAAACGACCUAAACACAUUAUUUAAUAUUAUCAGUGAUAGAUUAUGUAAUGAUAUUGAAAUAUUAAAUCACCAUUAAUUUUUUUGCGAUUUACCCGUUUUUAUAGCAAUUUAUGCUAGAUUUAUGUUUAAAGUGAAGAUAAUAUAGCUAAAUUAGGCAUAUUUAUCUUGUAACUCGCUUUUAAAAAUGUAUUUGCCAUAUAUGAGAGAUAAAGUAUGUAAUAUAUUUACAGAUAUAUACUAGAAAUCGCGUUAAAAUUGCUUACUCCCCCCCCCCCCUCCGUGAGCGAACAAAACCAUUAGAAAAAUCGCCAUUUUUUGACCAAAAACCCACCCUCCGUGAGUGAACAAAAAUUUUUUUAAUAGAAAAAAUUUUAAUGGAAAAAAAUUUUGAUAUAUAAGUGAUAAUUAGUAUAAUGAAAUCUAGAGCUAAUUCUGUUUAAAUUUUAAACAAAUUGCGUUUUAAAACAUAAAUUUUGCAAAUUAAAUUAAUAUUUGCUUCCCAAUUUUUGCAAAUUAGGAUUUUUUUAAAUUUCGAAAAAAAUAUUUUUUAUAAAAUUUAUAUAUAAAUUUUUUUUCAAAAAAAAAUUAACCCCCCUCCGUGAGCGAACAAAAUUUUUUUGUUCGCUCACGGAGGGGGGGGGGGGGAGUUAGAAACAAAUAUUCAUUAUUAUCAAAGCUUCUAAACCUCAAUUCCAUUUUUUUUAUUAAAAAAUUCAUUAAAUUUCUUUAGAAAUUAAUUGCUGUUUUUUCAUGCAAUUUUUAAAAAAAAAUCCACCAUGGGUUUUUUCAUGCAAUUUUUGGCUCUUCAAAAAACCAUAUGUUGUUUUGCAAUUUUUUUUUUUAAAAAUUAAGUUCCGGGUUUUUUCAUGCAAAAUUUUUGAGGCGAUUAAUUUUUUAUUUUAAACAUUACUUAUAUUAUUUGUUAGGAAUAAUGCUCUUUUAAUUUUAAAAGAAAAAGAUAUAGUUGCUAGAAGAGUAUAUAGCAGUUAUUAAACAUUAUUUUGAAUGCUCUAUUGCAUACACAUCACAUAAAUUAAAAAAAAAUUUCCGGUUUUUUUCAUGCAAUUUUUUGGAGCAUAAAAAUUUUAAAUAGCAAAAUCAAACUCUGAUUGGGGUACAAUAUAUUUUCUUAAUUCAUUUGAUCUUUAUUAUAUAGAAUAAUAAUUACUAAGGUAUCUAGUAUUUAUCCUCAAUGUUAUUUAGCGAUUUCUCUUUUCAAUAUUUAUAAAUUAACGAUUUCAUACUUUUUGUUGAAUGUUGUUUUUUCAUGGGAAAAUGAGCAAAAAAUUUAUGAUGUUUGUUUUUUCAUGUACGUUUUUAAAAAUUUUUUUUUUCCAAUGUUGUUUUUUCAUGCAAAUUUGAAAAAAAAAUUUUUACAGUCACUUUUAUAGGAGCAAAAUUUACUGUAAUUUACAACAUUGUUGUAAAUUCAUGUCAGCCCUGGGCAAAUCAAGGGCAAACUGCGCCAUCUAUGAGAAAUUUCUAUAGGUGUUCCCUGCAGGCAUAGCUGGGCGCCUCUUUCCAACUUCAACCCUCCUUUACCCUUGAGGAAAAAACCAACUCCGAAAGCGGUAGGGCUAGGUUCCUGCCUCCUGCAGGAAUUGCUUAGCUAGCUUAGCUGUCCAUUUCUUCGUUGGCAAACCUUGCCGGAUAUACUUUAAAUAGGGCUCGAGACUGCUUGGCCGGGAGGCGAAGCUUAAGUUGAGACGCCAUAUUUAAAGUAUCAGAGUCCUUCAGUCACAGCCAAGGAUACCUGAGCUUCAGAAAUCCAUUAUGUUCCAGCCUAGUUAUCAUUUGGAUGCUAAAAAAUAA